GCGCCGCAAUCUCCUAGAGGCCCGGCGCUUCAAGGCCCACAACGUCGACCACCACCAACAACCACCAAGACAUUGCCGUACCUAGGAGCCAAGACCUCCUCGGCAUCCAUCAGAUCGGCAAAGGACCACACGUGCUUUCCAGACCAUGCUCCCCUCCCCGACGCUUAGCCUCACCCUUCCGAGCCUUCACGACGGCACAAUACUGGCCGUACGCGUCUACCACCCCUGGUCACUGUCGCCCUCCCCGAAAGCCCCGCCAUGGCGCCACCACGCCGCCGUCGUCGCCCAUCCAUAUGCGCCCAUGGGCGGCAGCUACGAUGAUGCCAUCGUCGGCCUCGUCGCCGAGACCCUCUUGCGUGCCGGCUUCCUUGUCGUCACAUUUAACUUUCGUGGCGCGCAUGGCUCGGCCGGGAGGACCUCUUGGACCGCAAAAGCCGAACGCGCCGACUACAUGUCCGUCGCCGGCUUCGCCUGUCACUACGCCCACUUCCUGGACCCCUUCCACCACAGCACCAGCGCUUUCGACAGCCGACCCAUCACGCCCAUACCCGAUAUCGAAGACGAGCGGCAAAUCACCCCGCCGUCGACGCGACAUGCCCUAUCCCCAUCCUCGCCGCCACCACCGACACGCACCACCACCAACCUAAACCCAACAAGCAACCCGCCCCCACCCAGCUCUCUAUCCCCGCUCCUCCUCUUUGCCGGCUACUCGUACGGCGCCAUGAUCACGACCCAGAUCCCCUCCCUCCCGACCAUCCUGCAGCACUUUGUAUGCCCCGAAGCCGGCUCCAACGCCGCCGAGAUCCGCCUGCGGGCGCGCAGCAUUGCCGACUCGCAAAACACCAUCCUGGGCGCCGCCCGCCGGGCCGCCGAGCGCGAACGCCGCGGCCUGGGCGACUCGCCUCGCAAGUCCCUGGGCGUGCGCAUCGGCGGCGACGAGGACGUGACCGGCCGUCGCAAGAGCUACGACCGCUCGCCGCUGCGCGCGUCCUUUGACGACGCAGAGGAGAAGCUGCGCCGCGGCGUCGCCGACCUGCUGGCCAAGACGAGCAGGCAUCACCACCACCAGUCCCUGUCCGGGCAGGUUGGCUCGCCGCAGAGGACUGCGAGUGCGGGAGGUGGGAGGCGGUCCGUGUCGGACAGGAGGUCCGUGUCAUUGCCACACGCCGGCAGGCCACCCAGUGGCCAGUGGGACGUCCCGGUGCUCGAUGAAGGUAAAGAGGAUAGGACGGGACAAGGGCAGAACUCAGCGGAAGAGGCAGAAGUGAAGAAGCUGCCCGUCUUGGAGCACCCGCCGAAUCCCAGGACCGCGUAUUUGAUGGUGUCUCCGCCGUUGAGCAUAGCAGGGAACCUGACGACCCUGUCGUUUUCCCUCCCGGGGCUUACUAGGCGCGCAAAAUCAACCAGAAGGUCCUCCAGCCAGCUUCCAACAACCGUCAUGACCGACGGGGAGGUCGACGCCGGGGGCAUAGCAGGCAAUUCCACACAAAAGCCCGUCACGGCCAAGGCCGUCAGGGCAGCCUCGACCAUGUUCCCUCCGCCAAGCGAACUCGAAGAGGCGGAGCAGAAGCUCGUCGAAAGUCCGUCUGUGGUUGUCUACGGUGACACUGACGUCUUUGUGUCGAAUCGUCGCAUGAGGGAGUGGGCGGCCAGGCUCCAGGGGGUCCCAGGGUCGAAAUUCCGGGCCCACGAGGUGUCUUCGGCGGGUCACUUUUGGCAAGAAACACCCGGACCCGGGGGUGGUGAGCCGGUAGCUAGUGUUCUUAUGCAUGCUGUUGGGACGUUUGCCGAGGUCCUACUCAAAGAUGUAGCGCCUGGUUGAUGGCUGAAUUCACGCCUAGAAGGAGCUUAAAUACCGCCUGCGUGGCCUGCAGUAAACAUGGUGGAUGGUUCAGCCCCAAUCCCGCCAUUGGACAUUGGACAAACUAACAACAGCAAGUGUCCCAGGUAAGCUUUGUACUAAACUUGUAUCCAUAGGUACAUAUCAUGACCAGUAUAGGAGUUGAUACUUUGGCGUCCUUUCGCAUUAACCCGUUUGCAUUUACCCGAACGUCGGACAUGUGUCGCCCUUUGGAGUC